ACCUGCAUUAUUAUUUUAUGUAAAUUAAAGAUAUGUAUAUUUUCUAUCUUGGCAGCCAGAUCCCACACAGGGAACUUUAUCUGAAUGGCUAAAUAUUAAUUUUGACCCAGAGAUUAAAUGUGUUCUUGUUGGUUUUGACCAGCACAUCAGCUAUAUUAAAAUAUUGAAGGCAGCCAGUUACAUCAAAAAGAAAAAAUGCUUAUUCAUAGCUACUAAUGAAGAUUCUAACUUACCAAUUCCUGGAGAUGUUAUUAUACCUGUUGGUGAUGGUGAGUAUGUUCCACCUGGUAUUGAAGGCAGUGUUCUUUCCAUGUACAGCUGUACAGGUACCAUGGUUUCUGCUGUAAAAGUCCCUUCACAAACUAAUCCUGUUGUCAUUGGCAAACCACAUCCUGUUAUCAUUGAGUUGCUCAAGAAACGUGAUGGCCUUAAUCCAUCUAGAGCCCUUAUGGUUGGUGACAGAUUGAAUACUGAUAUUGCUUUUGCUAAAAACCAUAAAUUAAAAUCACUUUUAGUAUUGAGUGGCAUCUCAAAUUUAGAGGACAUUCAGGAAGCUGAAAAGAAUCCUUCUGAUGAAAACCCUUACCCAGAUUAUUACUUACCUUCACUAGCUGAGUUUUCUCAAUUGUUACCCAAUUAGAUUGCUGUCUGAAACAUACCAGCAGUGCAAAUAAUUAACUUAUGUUAAUAAGACUAAGAUAAUGAUUAUAGUUCUGUUUAUUAUAAACCUUCGUGGAAAAUGAAGCUGGUAUAUUUUAAAUUAAACUAAAAACAUAUCCAGCUUCAUAAAAUAUAGCUAACUCUGCAGAACUAAUUUUUCAUUUAAUAUGUUCUGCCCUGUUCUUUGAACUUAGAACUUCUCUAAAAUAAUUAUUGAAUUGUUAGUAUGUUGUAUACAAUCUCUUCAUGAAGUCUGCUUUGAUAUAUGAUUUGUUAUUUAAAUUUCAAGAAAUUGUAAUUAAAAAAUCCACAAAUUCUGUUC